UUAUUUUUUUUUGAUGACCCUUUAAUCCCUUUAUUCAGGGUGGAGUCAGAUUGUCUGAAUGGAGCUGAGCAUUUACUGGCCAGAUGCCCUUCCUGACACCUUUAGUUUUUAUUUCAGUAUUACUAAGUAAUUCAGUCAGUGAAAUCCAUUAUGAGAUCAUCAAUAUCUCUGGGCAUCAUUAGAAUUUUCUGUACAAUUCAAUUUUGCCAGGAAAUACAUGAUGCAUCGCAUUGUAAACCCAUUAUUAAAACACAUUAUUCAUCGGAGUUCCCACGACACUACAUCAAGAAAACUAUGUCUGCAAUAUUUGAAAAAUUUAAGAACUCUUCACCUUAAUGACUACAAGACUAUAUUUUUAGGAGAAACCGAUCUUUCUGAAAGUCUCAUAACAGGAGACAAGUUUCCUUAUGAAGAUAAUCUCAACUGGCCUGUAUGGACAGUUGUACAUGCUGGCAACAGCCAAGGAUGGGUACCCUGGAGAUACAGAGUAUAUCUAAGGGAUGACUUACCCUUAGGGCAGCAGGACGACAUGUUUCAGGAAUUCUGUGACUUUCUCUCUAUUACUUAUGGGAAGUGUGCCAUUGUGAUCAAGGAGAAAAAACGCUUAAGCGUGAAGACUGAAGCAUCUAACCAGGAAGGGGACAUAAUCGAUUCUCAGGCCAUUUCUCAUCCCUACUUGUUGAACAUCAAACACUGCCCUGAAAUUGCCAGGGCUAUGGGCCAUGAACUUCUUUCAGUGCCUUUUGAUUACAACUACUUGCAUCCUAUGGAUGCUAUCUGGUCAUCUUUGAAAUGGUUUAUUAUCAAUAACAGAAAAGAUUUUUCUCUAACAUCCUUGGAAAGGACCUAUUCAUACCAGUGCAUCCUCUUCGGUGACCUGAUUGGGAAAGGAAUAGAGAAAACAAGCCCAACCAAAUGGAAAGUGGCUGUUAACAAAGUGCGGAGAUGGGAAAAUUAUUAUUUGGAUAAGUUUUCCUGACAGCUUCCAGUCAUUUGUCAAGUGAUCUUUGGUUGAAAAUAGGCUAAUUCAUAUACUAAAUGUGUAUUUUCACUUUAUAAUUCUAGGUAAAUGGUGAUAAUAAAAAGAAUAGUUUUAAAGUUACUUUUGGUGUUAUAUUAAAAUAGGUAUUAAGGAAUUAAGUUUUGUUAAACUACAUUCUAUUAAGUUAAAUAAUUUAAAUUAAUUAUUUUAAAUAAAUUAUAUAAUAAAUUAAGAAUUAAGUUAUUAACAAUUAAAAAACAAAGGUGUAAUCCAUAUCCCAAAUUCAUGAAGAUGUACACUUUAAUUGGAUCACAUUGAUUCCCAUAAUGGUGUUAGAACAAAUUAUAAGAGCAAAAGAAGUGAUGGGUUUCAAUAGAAAUAUUUCCUUCUCUUCUAGAACCUUUUCACACUUUCAUGAAUAGCAAAGAAAUAAUUAAGUCAGUCAAGAGAUAGUGGUGGUCACCCCAAUAAAUAGGUGGGUGGGAGAAAAGUAUGAUGAAAUCUUUGUUUUUUACAAAUCACUUCUCUGAAAACUUUUUCUCUCCCUAAAUCUAGUUACGAAUCAGAAUUACUGGCCCUUGGCUUCAUUGUAUUUUAAGCUGACUUAUCCUGGUCAAAUUUCAUCCAAUUACCACCAAACCUCCAAUGCUUUUAGAGGUGACCAAGAGAUUUAUGGAUUUCAUAUUUCAGGUUCCUAAAAUGAUUACAUUUUAUGUUUGGUAGUACAAUUCAGAGGGGAAAAAACUAAUGGAAGAGUCCAACCAAUGCUAAAUAAAUAGGGGUACUUUUGUGCUUAAAUUUGAGUCCACUAUUGUGAUGCUCAAGUAAUAAUCAGCCACAAUUAUACCCUAGCAAUCAUAUAUUCAAAAUAGCUUCCAAAGAUGUCUUUUGGCUAUACCCCUG